AACCCCUAACCCCUACCUUGGACUUUGAUAUGAAUUGUAAUAAAAAACAUGAACAGAAAGUCUUAAACUUAAUCAUUCAACUGCACUGCAAUAGUAAGGCCACCGGUGCUCGGUGGGAGUUUCUCCCUAUGUUUCUCCAGUUUCUUCCUCCAUUGUAUGGAUUGUAUGGCAUGACGUACAGGUACGACAAUACGACUAAGACACAAAGACGGACUCUGUGUAAGAGAACACACAGUGUCUGUAGAUAUAAAGCACAAAAAAGAAGAAAAAAAACAUUUUUAUUAUAAAUAUAUAUGAUUAAACACUAAUGAAAAGAUAGUUAUACACAUAUUAAUUGUCUGCCAUAUUCUGUAAAUAGGGCACCCCAAAUCUCACAUGCUGAAACUUUAAUGUGAAUUUCCCCUUCUGUAAACGAAUAAAGUCAUUUAUUUUCUUCACCAUUUGUGUUGGAAGUCUACACGUACAGUAUGUGCAGUGUAGACUUCACACACAUACAUACAUGAAACAUGAUUUGGAUUUGGAUGAUGAGCUGGCUUCUGUAACAAAACACCCUCAAAAGUAGCAGGAGGAACACAUAUACCACUACACUUUAUAAUCACUCAUGAGUCUUUCUUUUAUGAGUAAUUAAAAAUAUUUAGACCUAGGCAUGAUUAUACAAACAAUCUAGGAUCAAACUAAUAAAAAACAAAAAUAUAUAAAAAGCUUUUAUUUUCAAAAUUCGAACCGGAAGUAGUCAUGUAGUUGGUGGUAGUAGUCAUUGUUUUGUUUGUUUACAGCUGUUGAUCUGUGGUAUAGACAUGGCCAUGUGUUAAUGAUUUAUAAAGGUUGAACUCUUGAGCACGUUUUACUGGCUUGAACAGACAGGCAGGCUAAACUGCACUAUUAAAACAUGAAGGUUUUAAAUAAAGACGAGCUGCAGAUCGCCGAAGCAGUGCUGCUAAAACACAUACCGAAGAGUCUGAAGGUCUACGGUUUCCUGCAUGGUAUCAACAGGAACAAAGCAACUAUUCUGGAAGUACUUGUUGAUAGGUGGCCUGAUUUUAAUGUCAUCAUUUGUCGACCUGACCCUAAGAACAAACGCGCACAGGAGUUCAUGAAAAAGGUGACAUACUACAGUACGGAUGAAGAGGCUUUAAGGACAGUGUUGACAGAGGAGAAUGCAUUUGACUGGAGAACUUAUUUUAUAGUUGGAGGAUUUGACUUUUCCCAUAGUUCCAUGCUCAAAGAAGUGUCUUCUUACAGAGAAGUCAACAACAGAGUCUUCACUCUGGUGCAUCUUCUGUAUUUGCCCGACAUCAGCCAGCUACUCACACCAGCAAUCGACAGUGAGCUUGAAUCGAGGAUUUCAUCUCUCAACCAUUCCCAUGUUGACUUGGUGAAUAAAACCUGGAAGUUUGGAGGCAACAAGCAGAGUUUCAAGAACAUUCAACACCUCAUUGACAACUUCCCAUCGUGCUGCAUCACUGAUGAAGAGGGUCAGCCUGUGUCCUGGAUUCUGGUGUAUGAUUACUGUGCCAUGGGCAUGUUGUACACUCUGCCAGAGCAUAGGGGAAAAGGCUAUGCCAAAGUGCUGGUCAGCACCAUAGCCAAGAGACUCCACACUGAGGGUUACCCAGUGUACUGCUUUAUAGAGGAGGAGAACGUGGUCUCCUACAAGCUCUUCAAAAACCAGGGCUUCAUUGAGGAUCCCUCAUACAGGGCGGCAUGGUUUGAGUUCAACUUUUGAUAUUGUAACCGUUGCAAUCUCUAACAAUUCUUUAGAGCUGAUAUAGCAUUAGAUAAACAUGAAUUUACUGAAAUAUUUCCCGAUCAAAUAAUGACUGUAUAUUGUUACAUUUUACUAUGUGUAUAUUGUACAGCUCUCCAAAUCACUGAAUCAUAACCUGAUCUGUGAUAUUGAGCAACACAAAUAGUACAAUAAUAGAGAUCUAAAUGAACAUGUUGAUUCAUGCUUUGCUUUCAGUCGGCACUCAGCAAUUGUCAAAUGUCAGAAUAUCCUCUUUCUUGCGGGUUUUAUACACAAGAAUGCACAUGGUUCUCUCAAAUAAAAACAUUUUAUGCACACUGUGCACA